CUGAGAAUCAGCAGGCUCCAGGCCACAUCGGAUCCCUCUCUUAAGUCCCCAGCUCCUUGCAUGCUGCUACCAUGGCAUCUCUCUUCUCUGGCCGCAUCUUGAUCAGGAACAACAGCGACCAGGAUGAAGUGGAGACAGAGGCAGAGCUGAGCCGUAGGUUAGAGAAUCGUCUGGUGCUGCUGUUCUUCGGUGCGGGCGCCUGUCCCCAGUGCCAGGCCUUUGCCCCAGUCCUCAAAGACUUCUUCGUGCGGCUCACUGAUGAGUUCUACGUGCUGCGGGCAGCACAGCUGGCCCUGGUCUAUGUGUCCCAGGACCCUACACAGGAGCAACAGGACCUCUUCCUCAGGGACAUGCCUGAAAAGUGGCUCUUCCUGCCGUUCCAUGAUGAACUGAGGAGGUACCUCGGGCGCCAGUUCUCUGUCCGUCAACUGCCAGCGGUUGUGGUACUCAAGCCUGGUGGGGAUGUGCUGACAAGCGACGCCACGGAGGAGAUCCAGCGUCUGGGACCCGCCUGCUUUGCCAACUGGCAGGAGGCCGCAGAGCUCCUGGACCGCAGCUUCCUGCAACCGGAGGAUUUGGAUGAGCCUGCGCGGCGCAGCAUCACCGAGCCUCUGCGCCGUCGCAAGUACCGAGUAGACCGGGAUGUCGGCCGGGAGCGGGGCCGAAACGGCCGCGACUCUGGUGACCCCCAGGGGGACGCGGGUGCAAGGGCGGAGCUCUGGUGACUCCCAGGGUGGCAGUGGGGACGGAGUUCUGGUGACCCACAAAGUACCCGGGUGCAGGGACGGAGGUCUGGUGACCCCCUCUCCGCAAGGUACCCGGGUGCAGUGGUGGAACGUUGGUGACCUCCAGAGGAACUCGGUGUAGGGGCAAGGCUCAGAUUAUCCUUGUCCUCUUCCAAGUUCAGUAUGUUCCCUAAACAGCAGCUCAGGGUGGCCUUGAACUCACCAUUCUCAUGCCUCAGUGGAAGAGUAGCUGGAAUGACAGCCAAAAAGAGACAAGAGGUUUCUUUCCCAGAUCUCCUCUAGUCUUUGAAAGAACAUAGACUCCCACGAACAGAUACCCUGAGCAAGAUUCCCAGGUCUUAAUCAUGCACUAAGAAUCCAUAGAACCCCAAACUCAAAACUCUCAUCCAAAACAAAACAAAAGAAGCAAAAAAACACUCCUGCCAGGCGCACUCUGUGGUGCACCCAUGUCAUUCAGCGCUCUGGGUGCAAGAGAGGGCCAGCAAGCUGACUCUGUGCAGAUAGGCUCAUGUUGUCAAGACUGACAACCCAAGUUCAAUUCCUGGAACCCACAGAGUGGAAGAGAGACUGACUUCCGCAAGUCAGUUCUUUACACACACGGUUGUAAGUGCAUGCCCACACAGUUACAAAUGAGUAUAUCUAACAAAAAUAGUAGGGAUUUUGUUUUGUUUUGAGACAGGGUCUCUGUAUAGCCCUGGCUGUCCUCGAAUUCGUGCUGUAAACCAGGCACUCAGAUCCCCCUGCCUCUGUCUUCCAAGUGCUGGGAUUAAAGGCAUGCACUACCGCCACCUACAAAAAAGAAAAAAGAAAAAAAGAAAGGAAGGAAGGAAGGAAGGAAGAAAGAGGUGUGUGUGCAGAAGGAUCCAGAGGUCAAGGCCAUUUUUCGCUACUUAGAGCUCUAGGCCGGCUGCGGCUAGGUGAGACCUCUGAGACUUCCCGACAGGACCCUUGUUUCUCUCAAAAGCGAAGUGUGUGCGAUGUUUUUGCUUUUGCCUACGGCGUCCCCUGGCGGCCAAAUCGGGAUAGUGCGUGAGAUUAAAACCCUCCUGCACCAAGCAAGUCCACGGAAGCUUGCAAACCUGACUUUCUGGGACCAAGAAUCUGACUAGAUGGAGUAAGAAGGCUGUGAACCAGGGGAAUCGGACCCUGCCAACAUCUCAUCCGCCUCCGCUCCCAGGGGAGUAGUGGGGGAAACUGAGGUUCAAGACUGAAUAAGCCUGACAACCUGUAUUCGAUCCCAGGGAACCCACAUAGCGCUACUCAAACAAGUUGUCCCUUGACUCGCACUCAUGUCCCCUCAAAGAGUAAUUAAUGGAGAAUUUAAAAUUAUUAUUUUGCUUUUUCAAGACAGGGUUUCUGUGUUGCCCUGUAGGCUCGAACUCAGAGAUCCUCCUGCCUUUGCCUCCCGUGCUAGGACUUACGGCAUGUACUACCACUGCCCAAGAGAAAUUUUAAAAUGUUAAUUAAAGGAAAUAGAAAUCCUCAUUCACCCCUUUUAGGAAAUAAAAUGUGUACAGUUGCAUGGGAAUCUGCUUUGUAAUUCCACAACCGUGAGAUGGAGUUGGCCUGGGAACCGGCGUUGUGACUCGGAACCUCACUGCUGGCGGCUGGGCUCCCAGGCUUGCUUAUGUGUGCUCCUGGCUUUGUAGCUGACACUGGUUGAAAGGUAGACACAUCCCAAAUGUCCAUCAAUAGAUCAAUGGAUCAACACCUGUGGGAUGUCCAGAGUGGACUAUUGCUCAGCCACGAACAGGAAUGAAGCACUGACACAGGCUACCAUACCAGAGACUGAGUGGCAGCAGCCAGACGCAAAACACUUCACUUAGCAGUAAGUGUCCCCAACAGGGACAGCCACAAAUGGAGCUGCCAGGGCCGUGAGGACAGUGGAGCAUGGUUGAUAGGAGGGGCUCUCUUAAAGAGAUAGAAUGCUUUCAAACUAGAUAGAUAUAGGCAGGGUUGCUCUGUAAAUGUGCUUUAAAAACAAACACAAAACAGCGAGUAAAAACCGGAUACUCUAUUGUAAGUUUCA